AACUUGUCAGUACUUGAGAACUGCUGGUAAAAGGUCGUUGAAGGGACAUUUGAAGUGAAUGUGGUUUGACUGAUUCAAUAUGAAAACCCCAUCUGAACGUACAUUGGUCGUCAUCGGCAACCCUGGAGCUGUGUCAUGGGCUUCCCUGGAAGGAGGUGAAGAGAAGCCCCUGGGGACCACCAGACUCUGGAGUACUACAGGAACCAUCUCAGGACGCCCCCUCACUGUGGUAAACAUGCCUGGUGCAGUAACCACCACCCAGAGCCAGAAGGCGCUACAGGACUGGGCUAUGGAGUGUCUGUCCCUGUCUGAGUGUUCCAAGGGGGUCCACUCUUUUCUCCUGGUGGCUCCGUUGGGUCGGCUCACAGAGCAGGAGAGGAGGGGGGCUCAGUGCAUCCGGAGGAUGUUCGGAGAGAAGGCCCACGGUUUCACUCAGGUCCUCUUCACCUACAAGCCGGAGCAGAAGGACAGUCUGGAGGAUCUACUGAAGGAGAGAGAGGCCCAGAGGCUGGUUGAGGAGUUUGGGGGACGUUUUCACAUCUGCCCAAAGAGCAUUGGUGAAGAGGUGGAAGUCACAGGGUUACUGGAGAAGAUCGACGCCAUUUUGGAUCGGGGCGCAGACCGCUGCUACACCGUGGAGAUGCACCCAGAAGCUCAACCGCUAUUGGUGGAGUUUAGGGAGCAGCUUAGGGGCCUAUUGGACGGCUUUAUCAGACUUAAGGAAAGGAUCAAUGAAAGGGAGAGAAUGCGAGUUAACGUGGAGAAUUUGGAACACAGGAUCUUCAGAGAGAAGCUAGCGAGGCUUCAAGAUGAGCUCUUGUUGAAGCAUGUGGAGAAAGAAGGAGACAGAGGGAUGGAGGUAGAGGCGCUGAGUUUUAUAUAUGAGUUGGAUAGGUUAGUUGACAGGCUUGCCCUAAAAAGAGCGAGAGCAGUCGAGGACAAACACAAGAGCAGAGAGGACGUGCAGAGAUUUAGGGAGGAGUUGGGGAGGAUGGUGGAUGAAAUGGUUACCAACCUGAAACACAAGAAUAGACAAAAGGUCGAAGGAGAGUGGGAGCUUCAGAACUUCAGGGAACAGCUAGAAAGACUGAAAAACAACAUGAAAAAGACAGAAAAGAGAGGGAACGGGAAUGAGAAUGGGGAAAUGAGUUUGUGAAGGGGACAGGAAGGUGGGAUGAGGAAGAGAGAGAGAUUCCGGAGGGAAACACGGAGGGAGGGAAUGAAGGGGCAGGGUUUGACAUGGGUCAACAGUUUAAUAAUAAUAAUAAUAAUAAUAAUAAUAAUAUACCAUUUAGUAGACGCUUUUCUCCAAAGCGACUUACAGUCAUGCGUGCAUACAUUUUUACGUAUGGGAGUUUAAGGGAAUGAUGCAGAAGUUGGGGAAUAUUGGGAAUAUCAGGAAAAAGAGGAGAGGAGCUUGGAGGAAAGGAAAAGGUGAUAAAAAGAGUGAUGGAAAUUAUCUAUAGAUGCUAGCUAUUGGCUACAUUGAUUUAAUAAAUUAUUUUUAAUGGAUGACAAUCUAUGAUGCAUUAGAUGUUAAACAUAUCAAUGAAUGUUGAUGAUAUUGUGUGUGUCACGUUGCUGCAUGAUUAACUGUUGAAUAUGUGUUACUAAUUCGUCAUAGUACUAGAGAAUCAACAGAUAACUUUACCAUGUAUCAUUCAUGCAUUAAUCAUAUGCUUACCAUGCUGAACUUGAAUUCAAUGAAGAUGAAUCCAAACAUGAACAAAAAACAAUACUGCACAUCCAUAAUAACUUAAAAAUAAAGACGCAAAUAAUCAUAGAAAUAAAAAAAUUUAACAACUCUCAGUG